AAUUGUAAACCGUGUUGGUAAAACUCUGUUAAUUAAAAACAUGACUAAACUAUAUGUGUUGGCUAUAAUCGCGUUAAGCGUGCAAUUAAUUUGCGUGUCUGCCAUCGUUGACCAUAUUAAAAAAGGUGUGGACACUGUGGCCAAUGGCGUGAAAGAUGUGGGCGCGAAGGCGAUUGACGCGGGCUUUGAUUUAUUUUGCAAACCCACGGGCGCUAUUGUGCCCGCCUUGACUAAGCAGGGCAUUAAUUUUCUCAAGUGCGAUACAGCGCACAAGAAAGAACCCCAUUGUGAAUUCCUGAGUAAUGCGCCCAUGAUGCACGCAGUACUAUGCGAUGUGCCCCGCGAAGAGGGCAAGGAGUUGUUCACAUUGGCCGUGCAUUGUUUUACCCUAAAAGACCAGGAUUGUUUGAAAAAGUGGGGCGAAAAACUUUGCGGCUAUAAAGAGACUGUGGAAACACUAAUGAAACAGGCCAAGAUCAAAUCACCGAUUGAGAAUAUGUGCCAUUUAAAUGGCCAUUGAGUGGCGCAAUAGUUGUGUCGUUUACUGUACAUCUAAUACACGUACUGUAUAUGUUUUAAGAGUAAAUUUUGUUAAUUGCUUUUUAACUGUUAUUUUAAUUACUAAAUAAUGUUUAAUAAAUGUCCGAUUAAUCAAAUGCUAAAA